AUGAAGACUGAUUGGGAAGGUGGAUACUUCCCUCUAACACUUCAUUUCAGUGAGGAUUACCCCAGCAAGCCUCCCAAGUGCAAGUUCCCUCAGGGUUUCUUCCUCCCAAAUGUCUAUCCUUCUGGAAUAGUCUGCCUUUCAAUCCUUAACGAGGACAGCGGUUGGAGACCAGCUAUUACUGUUAUGCAGGUUUUCAUCGGUAUCCAGGACUUGCUAGAUCAGCCAAAUCCUGCUGACCCUGCUCAAACAGAUGGCUAUCACCUUUUUAUCCAGGAUCCUACAGAAUAUAAGAGGCGUGUUAGACUGCAAGCGAAGCAGUAUCCGGCAUUGGUCUGA